CAACAGCAAACUCUUCAAGACUCAAUACAUAAACCAGUCUUCAAUAUCAAUCCUAUUAUUCAGGAUUGGCAACCUGCAAGUUCUCGUAAAACUAAAAGAAAAGAUAAAGAAAAACAAGUUGAACAAAAACAACAGAAAAAACAACCUUGUUUGCUUUUAGGCAACAUAAAUCUACUGAAAAAACUACUGAUGAUAUGGAUAUUAGUCAAGAUACUUUUGCUUCUUCAUCUGAAAGCGGUGGCGCAGCAAAAUCCAAUACAGAUAAUCAAGUAACACCAGAAAAUCAAGAUGCACCAAUUGAUGGUGAAAAAAUUGAUGAAAUGAUCGUUGACAAUGGAAAAAUUGAUAAUCAAACAGAUGAUCAAUCUUUUAUUAAUAAGGAUAAUCAGAAAAAUGGGGAUACUAAUGACAUAAUUAGUGAUAAUCAUUCAGAAAUUUUUAAUAAGGCUAAACCUAUUUUAGUUAAAAUCAAAAAAGAUUCUAUUCCAGGAAACAAUAUUAUUCAAAAAAAGUUUAAUUUGAGAAAACAACUAGCUGGAAUUAAUGUUACCCUGGCCGGGGAGUUAUCUUAAAUAAGAAAGAACCCGAAUUUAUCAUUUUACCAAUAAUGAAAAAUGAUUAUGAUAAAAUUAUUAAUCUAGAAAUUGAUAUUAUCGAUGAUGAACAGUCACAUGAAAAUGGUGAAGAUGCAGAGUCGAGUACUAAUAGUAAGGUUAAGAAAAUAAUAAAAUUUACACCAUAUCAAAAAACUAAAAAAGUUUUUACUGAAGAAGAAAUUAAAGAUAGAAAUUGUAGAACGAUUAAAGUUAUAAAUAUUCCAAUUGAAAUUCCUAAUUAUCAAAUUAGAAGCUGUAUUUAACAAAUAUGGUGAAAUAGAAGAAAAUGGCUUUUAUACCAGAAUUAGAAAUUUAUAUAUUCAAGCUUUCAUUACAUAUAAAAAAGAAGAAAGUCUACAAAAAUUAUACAAAGGCAUAUGGUCAGAAUGGAUUGGAAAACAUCAAGUACUUAUUGUGCCAAAAAUUUUGUUAGAAGAUGAAAU